CGCAUGCGCAAGCCGGACAGUGAUCAGCAAUAAUAACGACGCAAACCGGACAUACUAAAAAUACCCCAGCUUACCAAAGAAUGGGACGGAAGUAUUGCAUUUUCCACUGCGUUCUAAUAGUUCUCGUACUGCUUCACAGUGCAGCAGCAGUGGUGGACGAAAAUGAUGAAAUUGUCAUAACGGCUGACCUUUUCAACGAGCCGAUAAACUUUUUUGACGCAAAUGUCAUUGCGAAAACUGGCCCUACGCUGUGGCCAAACCGCACAGCCAUCCCUUACGUUAUCGACAGUGAUUUUGAACCAGCCGAAAAGCAAACAAUUCUGAGAGCACUGCGCAUCAUGGAGAGAAAAACGAGAGGAUGCAUUUUAUUCACACCACGCGUAGACGAGAUUGACUGCAUCUAUUUCAUAACAGAUGUCUGGGAAGGAACGUGCGCUUCCAAAGUCGGAAAGAUAGGAGGGAAGCAGUACAUAAUACUGGCACGAGCAACGUGGCGGUCAUCUUCAUGUGUCGAUACCAGAAGCAUCCAGCACGAGGUCAUGCACACCCUGGGCUUUCAUCACGAGCAUCAGCGCCCUGACCGAGAUCAGUAUGUGAACGUGCGCUUCAGCAAUAUAGACAUGGAUAAUUACGGCGCAGAGGACUACCCGAUCGAUGCAACAAUGUACACCUUUGGAACAAAAUACGACUACCAUUCCAUUGUACACUACGAUGCAUUUAGCGGGGCUAGUAACAAGCAAAGCCCCGCUAUGAUACCGAAACAUGGACUAAUUGUUCGUAUGGGUCAGAAAGCGCGCAUGAGCCCGGGAGAUGUGGCUAAGAUCACGCUGGCUUACCAAUGCCCGCUGAAUAUCGUUGCCGGCAACCGAGAGUUCGAUGAGGAUUUUCCGAAUUUCUCACGGGAACCGAUGGACCUGGACCAGUGUGCGGCGCAAUUCAACCGCUACUGCCAAUCAGAUAUCACCACAAUAACGAACUGCACAAGCCGCCGGGAUUUCCGUAUUGUUUGCCAGUCGAUUGCAUCGGUGGCUGUGCUAGAGCGGAUGGCGUUGGAUAUGGCAGAGAAACCGCUGCGACUGAUCUCCAUAUAUGUGGAAGAGCAAUUAAUUACAAAGUAUUCGUUUCUGCCAAUACAACGUCAAAUACUGCACCUGCAACUCCAAAAUUGCAUCACGAAAAACGCAACCAGCAGGCUGAAUAAAAUGGGGUUUACAAAUUUGCUCCAUUUCGAACUUUACCAUUGCCGCAAGUUGGUUAUAGAAAAGACGGACUUCGCUUCUUCCAGACAGAUUAGAAUUAUAGUGUUCUACAACACCACCCUUGGUUUGCUGGAGCCCGAAACUUUCACGGAUUUAGCUGAACUUCAGAUACUAUCUCUGGAGGCUCUUUUGGAAGGACAAAAGAACUACAAAUUUGGGCAGCCGUUUAAAAAUUUUCUGCGUAAUCUUCACUGUGGCUGUGACUUUGCAUGGUAUCGAUCAUGGUGGCGAAGGAAUAAACGGUUGCGGCUGAGCGUUGAGGCGGGUGAGUUGUAUUCGUUUGCCGGACCUUCCACUGGCACGCUUUUUAGUAGCAACAUGUUUACUAAAGAUGAUCUGUAUCAUCCCGUGAACUGCCAAGACGAGCCCUUUCCUUUGGGUCCUGCGUGGAUUAACUAUUACGCUCAAACUGAGUAUUCCAUUAAUGAACCAAACUGCAAAGUCGGACAGAGCAGUUCUACUGGCUCCAUAGGAAAGCCUGCAACAGAUUCUAAACCGGCUGCGGCACCGAUCAAAACACCGACUGGAUCCGCUACCUUCAUUAGAACUACGAAUUCCAUAGUGAAUACAUGAGAGUCAGGAGUAAAACCGGCAUUGAACAAUAGAUGAAGAACAGAUGGUGGACGACGCGCUCCUCCGAGUCGACGGUGCCGCAGCGUAGAGGUCGCGCGUCGGGAAGCGUCGUGCUGUUAUUGUUCAAAGACAUGGUUCGGCGCGGUUCAGCUGGUCAGGGCGUUGAGGCCAGUCUGCAGCAAAGGUCAAGGCAUUAUUUGGGCUUCGGGCCAUUAAUAUAGUACUCUGAAUCGAAAAGUGAAGCUUAUCAACAUGGGUUUGGAAGUUUACA